CUUCCUCUCUGUAACCAGAAGCCCACGACACAUUGAGACAAAAGGAAAACCAGUGGCCAGUAAAAGCCAAAUUCAUAGAGGAGAAACAACUCAAGAGCCUGCAAUUUUAUAGACAAAGCAUGAAAGUAGCUAACUGAAAGAAGACCAUCUGUCUUCUGCUUGUUUUUUUAAGCAACAGAUACAAAAAGCUUCCCCUAACUACAGACAGAGCCAGCUGACAGUGACAAGUUGAGUGAUCUCAAUUUCCUCAUCAUGAAUUGAAACCAGCAAACUGCUGGCAAAAGGAAACCAACAAAACAAGGAUGAAGUCAAAUUCUACCUUGAGAACCAGCCGGCCUUCCUUAAGGGGAGCUCUGAAUGAAGCUACUCACAAGCAAUGGAUAAUUGAAUGCAACCCGGGGCGAUAUCUUCUCCUCCACCUCCUCUCCAUCUCCUUUUUCGUUUCCAGCGAAGAGCCAGAGCAAUCCACUCUGCUUUGAUUUCUGUUUGCCUUCUUCGAGAUCCAUAAUCGGUGGCGGCGUCUUCCGUCACAGGCGACGGCGGAUCACUUCUAGCGGAUGAGGAUUCCCCUCUUCCAGGACACCUGAAAACAAUGAUGGCGGCGCUAUGGGGAUCCAAUUUGCUUGGAUAUGGGAGGAUCGAACCUACGCGACAUUCCGAUCUAUCUUGCCAUUUCAAUUUCGAGCUUCCACUCCGUCUCCGACCUCUAUUGGAGCUUUGGUAUGAGGGAUUUCGCCGGAGUCUGAUUCACAAUCGACGAUGAAUGACAGGGGAUUGAACACGGAGGCUGAUUUUGUUGAGCCGCUCUAGUCGGCGACAAUCAUCGCUUUGGGAUUUGGCUUUUCAAGCGAUACCGAACAAGGAGAAAGACGAGCUGCUCAAAGGAGUCUUGAACGGAAAGGAAAGAGAAGAAGAGAAGAGGAAGAAAGAGAAAGGGUGUGUUACUUUUUGUGUCUGCAGAGGAAGAGAGAAAAGGGAAAGGUUAGAAUUGGGAAAGAUGAGAGAAAAACGGAACAAUUGAGAAUAUCUCCCCCUACCCCAGGUAUUUUGAAUUAACCCAUAACGGAACAAUUCUGAUUUCCCCACUGCAAAAUGUUUCAUUUUCAUUUUUUAUUCCCAAAUGGGUCAAUUGGUUACAAUUGACUCAUUUUGAAUCAAUUGACCUACAUUACCUCAUCCAAACGACCGCUUGGUUUAAUUCACUUGCAUAACUAAUAGUUAUGCACGUUUUGACAAUAAUAACUACUUUUUAAAAAAUACACAAAUGUAGUCACAUCUGAGAAACUUGUUUGCCAAAAUUAGCUAUUUUCGUCAAAAACUUUAACAUCGUUAGCAAGACGCUGAUGUGGCUAUCACCUAAGCUCUGACAUCAGCUCAACACACCAAAUCAAGCCACCUGGCUGCCACAUCAUAUUAUAAAAUUAAAAAAAAUAUAUUUUAAUUUUCAUAAACAACAAUCGUUUCCAAACCCCAUCCUCCCCGUAGCUCCAAACUUCUCCAUCAAUCGAAUCUAGGUUUUCCAAUGAGUAUGUUGGGUAAAGGCGCUCGAUUCAUCUAGAGAGUACUGAAUCGUCGGAAUUCGUUCGAUUUCUUCAGAUUUGGUUAUCCCUUCCCAAACCCUCCUCCUUUUCAAAUCUCUAUUAGCUAGGCCCUCAAUUGAAUCGAAGCGGAGGAGACGACGAUGGUGGUGAUUGGUUUUAGAAUCAAUCACGGUGGUGGUGGUGGUGGUGGUGAUGGGUUGGGAGGAACAAAAGACAGGGGUCCGAGGGAUGGAAGAGAGAAGGGCACGAAAUAGGAGUAAGUUGUCACCAGAGCUCCUGCUCGUGCUCCAACUCCAUCGCCGCCCACUCUUUGUAGGCCUCCACCUCGAACAACUUCAUAAAUCGGAGUCGAUUAUGGACAAAUCGAAGAUGCGACACCACCAGCAACAAUCCAGAUCGGGAAUCCAGAUGCGACAACACCAUCAACAACUCACCUUCUCGUCGAUUUCACCCGACUUCAACCUCUUCCGACGAUGGAAGCUUCCUAGUGGAGGUGAGCUUCGAUUUGCCGUCGAUAGAAUGAAUUCAAUGAGCUUCAAUUUGUGCGGCGGUUGCAACUCAGAUGAUGGCCGCGAGAAGGGGAGAGAGAUGGGUUGGUCUAGGGUUCUGUACUUUUGUUCCUCCCGUCAGCUCUAGUCUUGCACACUCGCUACGACGACCAACGAUGAUUUUUCUAUAUUGGUCUCUUCGACUUUCCCCUAGGUUUUGACGGUGGGGUUCUAGGCUGCGGAGAAGCCCAACUUUAGGAGAAGAUGAAGAAGGAGAUGAGAGGGGCCAAAGAAUAACGAAUUUUUUUUCAUUUCCUUUUUAUAUUUAAAUUUUAGUUUAUUUCUCAUAUAAUUAAAAUAAAAAGUCAACAUUCCACCUAGCAGUUGGUUUGACGAAAAGUCUCCACAUCACCAUAAACGUUUGUCUAGUCAGCAUUUGUGAAUGUACUGUUAAAGUUUUGGACGGAAUGGUUACAACUGUGUAUUUUUUAAAAAGUGGCUAUAAUUGUCAAAAACGCGAAAGUUAAGGCUAUGCAGGUGAAUUGAACCUUUGAUUUUUAAUUAAGUUCUAGUUAAGGGAUUUGAAUAUGAGAACUCUAGAUUUAAGAUCAAUGGUGUUACUACUGGAUCAAACUUUUGUACGCAAUACAAUGAAUGAAGUGUACCAUCAGGGGCGGAGCCACAGCAGACUAAGGUGGGUCGGCUGCACCACCUUGGCCCUGCAAUACACUGGAAAAACAGUUUUAUUUGUUAUUUUAUUACUGGGGUUAUUUGUCUCUGUUCUUUGUGUUCUUCAUAAUCUAACCUGCAGGGGAGACUAUUUGAUCGAGGAGACCAUCUGCUAGGGAAUUUCGUUUUGUUAGUGAUACGACAUAGUUUUGUAAUUUGCUUGGACUUAUAAUUUAGUUACUUUAGUUUGUGGGCGGGCCUUUUAGUUCAAGAGGAUUGGGCUUCAUUUAAUUAUGGACUAGCAUUUAAGAAUUGGGCUUAAAUUGGUCAACAUGUUGCUAGCCAAAGAGUCAAUUUGCUUCUGCCGCAUAAGUCAAACAACAUAACUAGUUUGGUGAUUUAUUCAUUUUGAUCAAAUCACAUUUCCUUAUCUAUUUCUCAUCUUCUGUAGCCUUAUAGGGUUUCAAGGUAAACCGAUGGUAGAGCAAAAUGCACAAGUACAAAGAUAACCGUGUUGCGCUCGACGUACCAACAACUCCAAACCCAUAAAGACUUCUGGACAAACGACGCUUAUUCCGUGAUGGCAUUUUCUAACCUCUAAAAUAGGUUGUCACCACCACUUGCCAUUCGCCGUUCACAACGACUUAUGUCACUAUUUGACCCACCUUAGUAAAAUUCCUGGCUACGCCCCUGUGUACCAUGGAGACAAGUAUCGCAGAACGGUAGUGAUUUUGUGCAUAAUAUUAUUGUAUCUUUAAGGACAUCCAAUAAAACUGUAACAAUAAUUUAUUUCUUGGAUAACUCUAGUCUUGCAUGUUUCAUGGUGAGUAUGAAGUAUCAACUUGGUACCAUCCAAUUCGUAAAAACAAAAAACAAAAAACUUGGUACCGUCCAAGAUGAAGGGAUGUGACAUAUCAUACUUCUAAAUUGACACCAUCUUUUGGGAAGAUGGAUGCACGCCGCCGUUAUGUCAAAUUAGUUGAUUGAACGAACGGCAAAAUCACCUACAAAAUCAUACAAACGCCAACAUAGACCAAAAUGAUUGCUAUUACUAACAGAGCGAGUUUUCAGGGAUAAAGAAUGACCCAUAAA